CCCGGGGUAAUUAUUUGUUGUCCAUCAGAUCUCUUUCCCUCUCUCCAUAUCUCCACCCUCUCUUUAUCUCUCUCUCCCUGUGGAUCUCUCACAUACACAGGUCAAAGCUUAAAGAUGGGUGUGGCACAAAAAAAUUCUGACAUGGAGGAGGGACAGCUGGAGAUUGGCAUGGAGUAUAGGACUGUCUCUGGAGUUGCAGGACCACUGGUGAUCUUAGAGAAAGUUAAGGGUCCCAAAUACCAGGAGAUUGUCAAUAUUCGUCUGGGAGAUGGAACAACCAGGAGGGGUCAAGUUCUAGAAGUAGAUGGAGAGAAGGCUGUUGUGCAGGUUUUUGAAGGAACUUCUGGAAUUGACAACAAAUACACAACGGUGCAGUUCACAGGGGAGGUUUUGAAAACUCCUGUCUCAUUGGAUAUGCUGGGGCGUAUAUUUAAUGGAUCAGGCAAACCUAUUGAUAAUGGCCCUCCUAUCUUACCUGAGGCUUAUUUGGAUAUUUCUGGGAGUUCCAUCAACCCGAGUGAAAGAACUUAUCCAGAAGAGAUGAUUCAGACUGGGAUUUCUACAAUCGAUGUCAUGAACUCUAUUGCUCGAGGACAAAAGAUCCCUCUUUUUUCUGCUGCUGGUCUUCCACAUAAUGAAAUUGCUGCCCAGAUCUGUCGUCAGGCUGGUCUUGUGAAGAGGUUGGAGAAGUCCGCAAGUCACAUUGAGGGUGGAGAAGAGGACAAUUUUGCCAUUGUAUUUGCAGCUAUGGGAGUAAACAUGGAGACAGCACAGUUUUUUAAACGUGAUUUUGAAGAAAAUGGAUCUAUGGAGAGAGUGACCCUUUUCCUAAACCUGGCUAAUGAUCCCACCAUUGAACGUAUUAUUACUCCUCGAAUUGCUCUCACUACUGCAGAAUAUUUGGCUUAUGAAUGUGGAAAGCACGUUCUGGUCAUACUGACAGAUAUGAGUUCAUAUGCAGAUGCACUCCGUGAGGUGUCUGCUGCUCGAGAGGAAGUGCCGGGAAGACGUGGUUAUCCUGGAUAUAUGUACACUGAUCUGGCGACAAUCUAUGAACGUGCUGGCCGUAUUGAAGGACGAAAAGGCUCCAUCACUCAAAUCCCUAUUCUAACUAUGCCCAACGAUGAUAUCACACACCCUACUCCAGAUCUUACAGGAUACAUUACUGAGGGGCAGAUAUACAUUGAUAGACAGCUCCACAAUCGACAGAUAUACCCUCCAAUCAAUGUUCUUCCAUCACUCUCACGAUUAAUGAAGAGUGCCAUUGGAGAAGGGAUGACUCGCCGAGAUCAUGCAGAUGUAUCCAACCAGCUAUAUGCAAAUUAUGCUAUUGGAAAGGACGUUCAGGCAAUGAAGGCUGUUGUUGGAGAAGAAGCUCUUUCUUCCGAGGACCUGCUUUAUCUUGAAUUCCUGGACAAGUUCGAGAGGAAAUUUGUAAGCCAAGGAGCCUAUGACACCCGCAAUAUCUUCCAGUCACUUGAUUUGGCAUGGACGCUACUUCGUAUCUUCCCCCGUGAGCUUCUCCAUCGGAUACCAGCGAAGACCCUAGACCAGUUCUACAGUCGAGAUGCAGCUAAUUGAGGACAGAAAACCAAGGCUUAUAUCCCUCAGUCUCCUAGUUCAAUCCAGUGCUUAGCACAAGCUUCUCAGUUUGUUCUCUUGCCGUGAUUUUAUUUUUCUUGCUUAGGCUGAGUAGUUCAUUGGUAUAUGCGGCAAAAAUAAAUGUGUUGGUUAUUCUUCAUGGCCUGCUCACUGAAGUUGUGUGUCUCCAGGUGUUCUAGCAGUCAAUAUUCUUUUGUUGAGAACCAAAAAGCUUUUGUAAUAUCUUUACUUUGUUUUAUUUAUUUUUGUGCUACCCAGGUAGACAUGGGUACUGCUUAAAAAAAGUCAUGUUCAGUUUAGGUACAAUGGUGAUUUUAUCAUAUUAAGUCGUUGCUGUAUUCAUGCU